AGUACUACAGACUACUACAGACCAGCACAGGACUACUACAGACCAGCACAGGAGUACUACAGACCAGCACAGGAGUACUACAGACCAGCACAGGGCUACUACAGACCAGAACAGGACUACUACAGACUACUACAGACCAGCACAGGGCUACUACAGACCAGAACAGGAGUACUACAGACUACUACAGACCAGCACAGGGCUACUACAGACCAGAACAGGAGUACUACAGACUACUACAGACCAGCACAGGGCUACUACAGACCAGAACAGGAGUACUACAGACUACUACAGACCAGCACAGGAGUACUACAGACCAGAACAGGAGUACUACAGACCAGCACAUUACUACCACAGACCAGUUUGGUGACCAGUGGAACCAGCAGGAUCAUUUUGAUGGGAAUCCCAGACCAGAGGGCUGUGACUGGACAGUGAGUGACCCCAUGCCUCUGAGUCCGGCUGCCAACGCUAAUCAUGAGCCCCCUGAUCAUCCCCGGCAACCAGCCGCUACCAAUGGCAACCAGCCAGGUUUCGCCCUUGCCAGGGACGACGGGAGGACUUCCUCCCCAGAUCCUCCUGACGACGGCUCUGGAAACAGCAUCGUCAUCCGUAUUGGCAUCCCUGACCUGCAGCAGACGAAGUGUCUGCGGUUGGAUCCCGAGGCAGCAGUGUGGAGCAGUAAGCAGCGUGUGUUAGUGACUCUAACACAGAGUCUGACUGAUGUUCUUAACUACGGUCUGUUUCAACCGGCCUUCAACGGACGAGCUGGGAAGUUCCUAGACGAGGAGCGACUGCUGAAAGACUACCCUCUACCCCCCAUCACCCCUAUUCCCUAUCUAGAGUUUCGCUAUAAGAGGCGUGUUUACACUCAGAGCUAUGUGGACGACAAGCAGCUAGCAAAGCUCCAUACCAAGGCCAACCUAAAGAAGUUCAUGGAGUAUGUUCAUCAGCUCAGCGUUGACAAAGUCUCCAGGUUCUUGGAGAAAGGCCUUGAUCCUAAUUUUCAUGAUGCAGACACAGGAGAAUGCCCCCUGACCCUGGCGGUUCAGCUAGAGGGCAGUUCAGAGCUGAUUAAAGUUCUGAGGAGUGGAGGAGCUCACCUGGACUUCAGGACUAGAGACGGAAUCACAGCGCUGCACAGAGCUGUUCUCUCUAGGAACCACACAGCACUCACAACUGUGUUGGACCUGGGUGCGUCUCCAGACUAUAGGGACAGUCGUGGGUUAACUCCGUUGUACCACUGUGCCAUGGUGGGGGGAGACCCGUACUGCUGUGAACUGCUGCUGCAUGAACACGCUGUCAUAGGCAGCACCGACGAGAAUGGCUGGCAGGAGAUCCACCAGGCAUGUCGUCAUGGGAACGUGCAGCACCUGGAACAUCUGCUGUUUUACGGAGCCGAUAUGAGCUCUCAGAAUGCCUCAGGGAACACUGCCCUGCACCUGUGUGGUCUAUACAACCAGGACGGCUGUGCAAGAGUUCUGCUGUUCAGAGGAACAAAUAAAGACAUUAAGAACUACAACAACCAAACAGCUUUUCAGGUGGCCAUCAUUGCUGGGAAUUUUGACCUGGCAGAGAUCAUUAAGAUCCAUAAGGCCUCAGACGUAGUGCCUUUCAGAGAGAGCCCUUCCUAUUCCUCAAAGCGCCGACGUCUGGGUGGGGCCAAUAAUGUUGGUGUGUGUGGCUCAUCAUCUCCCCGUUAUCUGAUUCGCUCAGCUAGCGACAACGCUCUGGAAAGCCCCGCCUCUUCUUCCCCCGGCCCCUCCCUCCACAGUCUGGAGAACACAAACACUUCCACCCGGCAGGCAGACACACACAGCCUUCGCAGACAGACACGGCGCCUCAGCCCGAGUGGCAGGCUACAGAGGGACCCCAGCCCGCCCCCAUCUCCCCCCAGCCCAGUCCAGCAUGGGAAACGUAGGCUGUACAGCGCCGUGCCGGGGAGGACGUUCAUCGCUACCCGCUCUCACACACCGCAGGGCCCCGGAGAGAUCAGCCUGCAUCGUGGGGAGAGAGUCAAAGUGCUGAGUAUAGGAGAAGGAGGGUUCUGGGAGGGUUCAGUUAAAGGACGGACCGGAUGGUUUCCUGCUGACUGUGUUGAAGAGGUCCAGAUGAGACAGUACGACCCACGCCUAGAAACACGAGAGGAUCGCACCAAGAGGCUUUUCAGACAUUACACCGUGGGUUCCUAUGACAACUACACUUCCUACAGUGAUUAUGUCAUCGAGGAGAAGAGUUCUGUGCUACAGAAGAGAGACAGUGAAGGAUUUGGCUUCGUCCUCCGUGGAGCUAAAGCGGAGACCCCAAUAGAGGAGUUUGCUCCUACCCCAGCGUUCCCGGCGCUGCAGUACCUGGAGUCUGUUGACUUGGAGGGUGUGGCCUGGAGGGCGGGGCUUCGCACUGGGGACUUCCUCAUUGAGGUAAAUGGUAGUGAUGUGGUGAAGGUGGGUCAUAGACAGGUGGUGUCGCUGAUCCGUCAGGGAGGAAGUCAGCUGCUGAUGAAGGUUGUUUCAGUCACACGCAAACCUGAGUCCGACUUAGUCCGUAAGAAAGCACCUCCUCCACCUAAGAGAGCACCCAGCACGUCGCUCACACUGCGCUCCAAAUCUAUGACUGCUGAACUGGAAGAGAUAGCCUCUGCCAGGAGGAGACGAGGGGAAAAGCUGGACUGUUGACUGAGUCCCAGGAGGCUGAUGAGAAAAUGCCCCUUGGAGGCGGACUACAGAGCGGCCACCGUGAAGCAGCCAUGCAGACGAAUUACUCAACAAGAGAUCAACUCUUUGUUUGAGCGGCAGGGCCUGCCUGUUCCUCCAGGGGUUUCCUUGGGUCUGGAGAAAGCCACCAUGCAGCUGCCUCGUGGAAUGUCUCGGACCAAGUCCUUCGGUGCACCAGAGGAUGACAGGAUCUCUGCACUGAUUGGAGAGCAUCGGUUUCCAAGGAGCUCUUCGAUGACUGAUGGCUUCAUACCUCCUCCUCCACAGACUGCCCCCCCUCCUCCCCCCUCUCACUACUUCCUGGACUCUGGCCCGCCACCGGCCUUCUGCCCUCCACCUCCCCCGCAGCGAGCAGCCGAUCAAUCACACUCCAGCUUCAAGCCGGGGGCGGAACCUAGGCUGCACGAGGUCUGUGAUUCGCCAACGUCUCGGAGCCAUGCAGAGCGGCAGAGGAAAGCUCGCUCCAUGAUCAUCCUGCAGGACUCACCUGUACCAGGCUAUCUACCUGCAGAGUCUGCCCCCCUAGGCCGACCUUCUGGGGCUACAGCAGGGCUGGGCCUGUCCCGACCCAGCCCUGCUGCUUCCCCCAGCCCUCUCUCCAGAACCAGCCCUGCUGCCUCCCCCAGCCCCCUCUCCAGAACCAGCCCUGCCCCCAGCCCUCUCUCCAGAACCAGCCCUGCCCCCAGCCCCAGCAUCCUCUCCAGAACCAGCCCUGCCCCCAGCCCUAACCCUCCAGGGGAGCGCAGCAGCAACAGGAGGCGUGGCCGACCAGUAGAGAACCCGUAUGCCAACGUUGGUCAGCUGCCUGCCCCCCCCAGCAAGCCUCAGCGCCGCAAGUCUCCGCUCCUCAAACAGCUGCAGGUGGAGGAGGGGCCCAGCAGGGCAGAGCUAUACCAGCAGCAGGUGCUCACUGAGCGUGCUCAGAUACGGGUCACGCCCCCUCAGGGCCGUAGGUCCUCCUUCUUCCUGUCUGUGGAGGGAGGGGGUUCAGAGCCCCCUCCCAUCCUACUGACCCAGUCCCACUCUGUAGAUGACCUGGGGGAGCUGCCCCCCCCCAUCCCCGUCCUCUCCCCCUCCUCCUCCCCCCACUCCACCUUUCUUCACCCACUGACAGGCAAGCCUCUGGACCCCUCCUCCCCCCUCGCCCUGGCCCUCGCUGCCCGCGAACGAGCUCUCACAGCACGCACACCCAGCCCUGAACCCAGAACCAAACACGCACACUCACCCAGCCCCGAGCCCAGGCCCAAACGAACCCCUCCUCCCCUGACCAGCCCUGAGCUCCAUCAUAAACGUAUCAACCCACCCAUAUUCCUUGAAGGACAGCUGGAGCGGCCAGUCGUAGAACGGCCAGAGACAGAAGGCGGAGUCACAUCUCCUGCUGUGCCCUCCCCCGAGCGUUGGCAGGCUAUGCCCCUCCCUCCCAUCAGUCAGGUGACCAUCAAUAUAACCAAUGAAAGCCAGCCGGCAGGACGGGGGCUGGGGGAAGAGCUGAUUGAGGCGCUGCAUGGACAAUUACAGAGGAGGAGAAGUCUGACCGUUGGCAGCUCAGAGGAGGAGGGAGGGCCUUAUACGGUAACCCAGGGCCAAUCAGAGAGGAGGAAGAGUCUGGAGGGCGGGCCUUACACGGUGACCCUGCCCCCUGCACUGCUGUCAUCCAGUGAUGAGGAGACGAGGGAGGAGCUUCGUAAGAUUGGUCUGGUGUCUCCUCCCCUGGUGUUUGCCACGCCCCCCUCCCCCACCCAGCCCCCCUCCUCCCUCAGCCUGUCACCACGGAGACCCCAGGCAAGUGAGGGCAGGGGAGGAGGGGAGUCAGCUCCAGACUCAGGGGUGGAGGAGGGAGACACUCACAUAGAGAACAUCUUAUCCCCCAGCAGCACCCCGGCCCCCAGCCUGCCCCCCACCCUGCCCUCCCCAGAACCCCCCCAGCCUUUCACUGCCACCCCGAAAAUCCUGCCCUCCACCACCUCAGACCCCCAGAGCCUGAAGCCCAGGCUGCGUUCUCCCCUGGGCCGUGGUCGCUCUGCUCUCAGGGAUCCUCUACUGAAACAGUCUUCAGACAGCGAUCUGCUUCCAUCUGGCUGUGGACCUGGACGCCCACCACCCUACCUCUUCCAGAGGAGAUCUAAACUUUGGGGGGAGGUGUCCGAGUCUCGGCCCAGGCAGAGUAGCCCUGAGGAGGGCAGGCCGACUGCCGUGGGGGGUGGUGGGCUGGAGCUGGCCUCACGUCUCCAGUUACUCAGUAAAGACUCCCACUCACUCGGAGAGGAGCCUGCAGGACUGCUGGACCCUGGACAUAGGUCCCCUGUGGGCGGAGCAAGAUGUCGCCAAGACAAUGGAGAGACUAAAGAGUUGUUUAGUAGUCUUGGGGAUGUCCACACCAUCUCCCAGAGAGGUUUUGGUGGCACCACCUACACAGUCCGACCGGGGAGCCGCUACCCAAUCACACCUCGCCGCAGUCCCAGCCCCUCCCCCUCACCUGCCCCUGUCCUCUCACCAGACAGGUCAGAGGUCAGUCCUGGGCGGGGCUUUGGCCUUAGCUCCUCUCAUCACCACCACACCAUCCUCAAGUCGUCUAGCCUCAGCUUGCCUUCGGAGCCCAAGGAGGUCCGCUUCGUAAUGCGGAGUGCCAGCGCUCGAACCCGUUCCCGCUCGCCCUCCCCCUCCCCCCACGCCUCCCCCUGCCCCUCCCCCGUACUGGGCUCCCCCCUGCUCGCCCUGCGGCCGUGGCGCCAACGCCCUCUAGCUCUGUGGAGUAAGUAUGAUGUGGGAGACUGGCUGGAGAGUGUUGGUUUGGCAGAGCAUCGUGCCCGCUUCCAGGAGCAUGAGAUUGAGGGUUCCCACCUCCCUGCCCUCACCAAGGAUGACUUCGCUGAACUAGGCGUGACACGAGUCGGGCACCGCAUGAACAUUGAGAGAGCACUCCGACAACUGCUGGACAACUGAACCUCUAACCCCUGAUAUCACUGAAGGGCUGUCACACCUGAACCCUAACCCUCUGUGGCUGUAACCUGGCAACACCAGUGGCUGUAAUCUGGCAACACCAGUGGCUGUAACCUGGCAACACCAGUGGCUGUAACCUGGCAACACCAGUGGCUGUAAUCUGGCAACACCAGUGGCUGUAACCUGGCAACACCAGUGGCUGUAAUCUGGCAACACCAGUGGCUGUAACCUGGCAACACCAGUGGCUGUAACCUGGCAACACCAGUGGCUGUAACCGGGCAACACCAGUGGCUGUAACCUGGCAUCACCAGUGGCUGUAACCUGGCAACACCAGUGGCAGUAUGCUUUCAGACGUCUAUUUUCCAAAGACAGCAUCACAUGGAGUUGAGCAUUUAGUAUGAACCUUUUAUGAAUAUACAAGAAAAUACCUCCUCCAUCGAAAUAUCUACAAUGUCGACAUUUUCCAAUAAUGAAAUUGAUGAUAAAUGUUUAUUAGGAAUAGAUAUAUUUAAAUAAAAUUCUGUUUUUCAUAACUUUAUUAUGUUUAGGGAAGGAUGAGAAGUGGUGGAUGAGACUUCAUCGUUACCCUGUUAGUCUACUACAUUACCCUGUUGGUCUACUACAUUACCCUGUUGGUCUAUUACAUUACCAUGUUAAUCUACCCUGUUAGUCUACUACAUUACCCUGUUGUCUAACCUGUUAGUCUACUACAUUACCCUGUUAGUCUACCCUGUUAGUCUACUACAUUACCCUAUUAGUCUACUACACUACCCUGUUAGUCUAAUACAUUACCCUGUUGUCUAACCUGUUAGUUUACUACAUUACCCUGUUUGUCUACCAAAUUACCUUGUUAGUCUGCUACAUUACUAUGUGUAUAAAUCUUUGGCCUAAAUUAGUUUAUUCUGUCAGGAAGACCUCGAAUGAACCUCACUAGUAUACAUGUUUUAUAUGAAUUUUAAGCAAUGUUGACAGGAAAGUUUCCAGUAUAUGUUUUCUAAUAUCCCUCGCUACUGGUUUGUAUGGAUUUUAUACCUAUCUGUGAUGCUCUAAGGCUAAAAGGUUCAGAACAGUAUUUUUACACAGAAGACGGUGCUAUUUCACUAAAGCCAUCUGUACAGAGCAACCCUACGCCUAAACCUAACCCUAAACCUAGCACUUAACCGAAGCUUAAGCCCAGCACUAAAACUAAACCUACACGUAAACCUAGC